AUGCACAUGAGCCAGCCAUCCUCUGGGUGCAAUACCUGGGUCAACAACUUAGUCCACCUUCACAAGUCUCUCCAACCUUUGAGCUUGAACAUUCAUAACUCUCAACACCCAACACACUUAGAAGAUGUCCUGAUGAGCACUGACCCCGAUGACUAUGCAACUCAUGAUUACCUGGAUUUUGUUCAUAUGGCAUUUGACAUGUUGGGGCCAACCACAGAUGACUUUGAGGGCACAGCUAAAACAUUUGGACUUGGCCCAAUGUUUAUGGACAAAUUUAACAGCAACCAGUUCAGCAACCUACAGGCAUCAAAUCUGCCUGAGCAUGAGAGCUAUAGACUCUUUCUUGUCAUUGUCAAUUCCAGAGCACUUCGUGGGCUGGCUGAGUUACUUCCUGGCAGGCUGCACUGGUGCUCAAUGGAGAUUACUCCUUUGCAGCCAACCAAACACCCUGUGCACAUCAUCCAUGAACCAUGGAUACAAGUUAGCUCUCCUCAGAGCCUUGGUUAUGUUACAAAUAUUAUCUUCAAGUCCUUCAGAGAUACAUUUACCUCCAUAGCUCCCAGCUAUUCUGCCUCCUUCAACCAGGGUGGCUUGUCAGAGGACAGCCUGGUCAGCCUAUAUGACAAUGAUAGAAAGUGCUGGAACUGGGAGCUUCGUCCACCCCCAGUCUCUGAUUCACAUCCUGAGCAACCUGGGCCACUUGCCUCAGAGCUGCCAGUAGAAUCAGAAAAGCUCUGCUUUGAAAAGCAAGUUGCUCUGUUUCUCAAUGCUAUCAGAACCACCACCAAAUCCACAAUGCCCAGUCUAUCCAGCAAACCCCAGCAUCAAUGGAUGGUGGACUGGAGCAGAACCAGCUUGCAAGGUUCUACAGGUUAUUCCCAAAAGCCUGACCUCAUCCUUGUCAAUAACACCCCAGUAUCCCUCAACAAGAUUAUGUGGUUAAGUCCCAAAGUCAUCGCCAAGUACUCAAAGGAGUCUUUCAAGCCAGCAUCCCACCUUGGGAAGAUGAUGGACACUAAGGCAUAUCUAACCCUCGUUGACCAGCCCUGGAGGUGCUAUGUCCUUGGAUUAUCAAUUACUGAUAGUGAACUUCUUCAACUUCACUUUUACAACCACUCUGGUGGUGCAAUCUCACCCUCUAUCAAUAUCCACACUGAUGCAGAAGUCUUCAUAUACAUUGUAUGUGCCAUUGCAUUUGGCUCCUGCUCAACCCUUGGCUUUGAUUCAACCAUAGAGAUAUCCCCCCAUCCUGCACACAGCUGCAAAUGCACAACACUUGCGAUACCUCUCUCCCCUUUCCCCUCUCCUGCAACACCUUCUCCUCACUUGGAGUUGGGCAUCCUCCCCAGUGCAAACCCACUCCUGACUCCUGUAUCACCCAAACACAUCCCAGCAAUUGGGAGGAUCCAAGUAAACAAGACCUUCUAUGAGGUGCUUGAUGUAUUAUUCUCGAGCACAGGCUUUCUAGGAAGGGGUACUGUUUGUUACCUUGCAUGCUACAAUGGGGAAUACUACAUCAUCAAGGAUUAUUGGGUGGAGGAGUUGGAGCAGAGGACAGCCCUGCACAAAGUCAACAUGAUGAAGCUGGUCCAGGACAUUGAUGGAGUUCCCAAGUUGCAACACUACUGGGUCAUCAAGGUCAAGCUGGGCAUUGUUGAUAAAACUGAACAAUAUCAUGAUGAGAAGUGGCAAUCAUGCAUGAAGUCUCAGAGAACUCAUGUGCAAUUGGCUAUGAAACCAUUCCAACAGCAGGCUCUCAAGAGUGGUGUCCUCCAUCGAGAUUGUAGCAUCAACAAUACAAUGAUCAAGGACUUCGCAAAUGGGUUGUGCAGCUUUCUCCUUGACUGGGAAUUUGCUGUAUGGGUCACAUUACAGGGGGAGUAUGACUUGGGCAGCACAGAAGCCAUCACUAGAAGUGGAAAGACUAAUGUCCCAUCAAUCUGGAAAAAUGAUAUCGAAUCCCUGUUCUACAUUUUCAUCUGGAUCCUCAUCCUUUAUGAUGGGCCACUUGGCCAUGAGCAUCAAGAUAUCAGCCAUGAAAAGACACUUCUUGGCUUGUGGAGUGAAAAGGUGGCCAAAGAUCUCAAAAUUGCCAGAUGCACCAAGUUCACAUUCCUUAAUGACCCAUCCAAAUUGAGGCUGGAUUCCAAGGUCUUGCAAUAUUUUCAAGAUCUAAUCCCUCUGGCUAAUGAGUGGCAUGUAUUGCUUGGGCAGUCCCUGCUGAGCAGAACUGCAGUGCAGUUCUCUGAUGUUAUCUCCCUUUUUGAUCAUUUCUUGGCCAGCAUGCCAUACAAGAAACCACCAGAGAUGAUGAAUGCAUUCCAGCAGAUCAUUGCCCAGCACAAAGUGCUUAAUUCAAGCAUGUGUCUGAGUCAGGAGAACAAUAUGGAUGUUAUGUCUUCAGCAAUUAUGUCUUCUAAAUGCCUUUGUGAAGAGUGUUUCAAUUCAUUUGCAGUGGGAAGCCCACCCAUCAAUCUCAAAGAGUCUCAGUCUGUUGCCACAGCAGGACUUCAUCAUAGUGAAAGGGAAGGGGCAGGUUCAGGUGGAAGGGCCAAGCAAUCGGAGCAGAUUGGUACUGCCCUUGAAGGCCAAGCUACACAGCUGCGAAAGUCGACAGAUCUCCCCAACAAUUCCAUUGUAAAUCCUCUUGCACCUCUGCCCACUCAGCAGAAAAAGGGUGGGGGCUGCAGUGCUGGCCAGAAUGCAAAACUGAAGUCCAAUGUCACCCCACCACCCUACAUGCCUCCCAUUGUGAAUGGUCCUAGCCCAGCUGAUAUGCCUCUGAAUCCCAUCCCUCAGUCCUCAACAGCAGUAGCAACACCUGUCUUCCAUCAGCACCCCACAGACUCCCAUCACUUUGGUUUCAGUGUUCUGGCUCAACAGCCAGGUCAUAUCAUGCCUCCCGGGAUGGAACCUGACCUUCAAGUGCUCAAUAAUCCUUAUAUUGCUGUGAUUCAGGGAGACCAAGUUCCCAGUAAUACAUCUCAUCCACCAACACCCCAGCCCAACUACCAGUCUCGGUUUAUCCCCCACCAGCCACCUGCUACCAUUCCUGACUCUUGUAUUGACCCCUCCCUUGAUAGCUCACUCUCAUUGAGACAAACUUCGGCAACCACUGACAUUUGCCACAAGAGUUCAGAGAAGCUGUCAUCAGAGGGCUCCUCAGAAGAGUCAGAGUCCUCAAGUAAUAACCCAUCAGACACAGAGGCUGGUGAGGUCUCCAGUGAUGAGUUUGACAAUGAUGAGGAUGAUGCAUUUGGAUGGGGUGCAACAAAUCUUAGGCAAUCAACUCAUCCUGGCUUCUCCCAAGAAAUGAUGACAAGCAAUCCUAUUCACCACAAUUCCUUACCCCCUGACCACGAGUUUCAGUACUCAUGCAACAAGGAUGACAAUGCAGCUCUGCGAAGCUUACAAUCCAAGGACAAGGCUCAGCCAGAGGGUUCCCAACAUGGCACUUUCAUUGACAUUCUUGAAUGCCACCAUCACACUAACAGCCAUCCUGUUCCCAAUCAUGAUCUUCUGACCCUUGUGCAUGACUCGGUCAACAAAGUAUCUCAGCACACCAGAGCCCCUCAUAACUCCAAGAAAGCUAAGGAUGAGGGCCCAUUGCCUUCACAAUUGAGAUUUUAUGAGGCAGUAUGGAAGGACUGUCUUGAAGAUGCUAACCUCUCCACAACAGAGGCGCUCAUCACUGUCAUCAUUGAGUGGAAUCAAUGCAGUGUGCAAUUUGAAGAUGGUUACUGGCCUGACCACAAGCAAGAUAUGGCAUGCCUUCUCCUUGGUGAUAUGUCUACCUGGCAUUUGGAAUUGAAGUUGGUUACACUGGCAACCACACCAUCCACAUUCAACCUUAUCCCUCCUUCUGAUGUUGCACCAUGGGUUCAUGUACAAUGGAUAGAGACCACUGCCACAAAGCUCCUUGACAACUCACUUUUCCUGCAAGAUGGUUUUGACAAGAAUAUUGGUUUAUCAGGGAAAAACCAGGAAUUUCACUCACCCCACCCUCAAGGAAGCUGUCAUACAAUUCUACUAUACCAGGACCUAUCAAAUCGUGGAUAA